GGGAAGGUCCUGCUUGCCGUUCGAAUGCUAGCGGUUGAGCCGUGGGCUGCCAUUUUCAGAAAGUCUGUCAAGGCUCCUCGUGUCACGGGUGCAUAACCAUGCCUAAAUGCCGUUGCCUCCGAAAUUACUCUGUUCCAGGAGAAAUCAGCUGGAACCAGCUCUCACCGAUUCCCAAGACUAGAUUUUGGUAUCAGCCAUGAUUCCUCUUUCCACUUCGGUCGAAAGAGAGGAAAGACAGCUAGCGGAAGACACCGGGAAGGUCUAUGGAGACGGUCUCGCCGAGGCUGGAGAAGCAGCGCCCGGACCACGGGAACUGGACAGGCCUCUCCACUGGCGAAGAGGGGUGGAGCCCCGAGCAGGGCCGCCUCUCUUCUUUCCCGGGGCCUGGGCGGAGAGGGAGGAAAACUUCCUGGCUGGGACUCUGGCGGUUUUUGCCUGCCAGCCCUCCGAUCCCGCCUACCAGUAUUGGCUCUUCCCUACCCCUCCCCCGGCGCCCCCAGAGUCCGCCAUGGCCAAAGCCUACGACCACCUCUUCAAGUUACUGCUGAUCGGGGACUCGGGGGUGGGCAAGACCUGUCUGAUUAUUCGCUUUGCAGAGGACAACUUCAACAGCACUUACAUCUCCACCAUCGGAAUUGAUUUCAAGAUCCGAACUGUGGAAAUUGAGGGGAAGAGGAUCAAACUGCAAGUCUGCCCCACCCCCAGUGCUGCAAAAGCUAAGCUCUUAGGAAAAGACUUUCCCUCCCUCUUGGAGCUUCUUGCUUCCAUUUCACCCUGUGAAAACUUCUGCUUCAGGGACACGGCUGGCCAAGAACGAUUCAAGACAAUAACUACAGCCUAUUACCGAGGCGCCAUGGGUAUUAUCCUAGUAUAUGACAUCACAGAUGAAAAAUCCUUCGAGAAUAUUCAGAACUGGAUGAAAAGCAUCAAAGAGAAUGCUUCUGCUGGCGUGGAGCGUCUUCUGCUGGGGAACAAGUGUGACAUGGAGGCCAAGAGGAAGGUGCAGAAAGAGCAGGCAGACAAGUUGGCUCGAGAGCAUGGAAUUCGAUUUUUUGAGACAAGUGCCAAAUCCAGUAUGAAUGUGGAUGAGGCUUUCAAUUCCCUGGCGCGUGACAUCUUGCUCAAGUCGGGAGGCCGGAGAUCGGGAAACAACGGCAAGCCCUCCAGCGCUGACCUGAAACCAUCUGACAAGAAAAACACCAACAAGUGCUCCCUGGGCUGAAGGGGAAUCCUUGCCUCCUCCCCACAGUGCUCCCUGGGCUGAGGGACAGUCCUUGCCUCCUCCCCACAGUGCUCCCUGGGCUGAGGGACAGUCCUUGCCUCCUCCCCACAGUGCUCCCUGGGCUGAAGGACAGUCCUUGCCUCCUCCCCACAGUGCUCCCUGGGCUGAAGGACAGUCCUUGCCUCCUCCCCACAGUGCUCCCUGGGCUGAAGGACAGUCCUUGCCUCCUCCCCACAGUGCUCCCUGGGCUGAGGGACAGUCCUUGCCUCCUCCCCACAGUGCUCCCUGGGCUGAGGGACAGUCCUUGCCUCCUCCCCACAGUGCUCCCUGGGCUGAAGGACAGUCCUUGCCUCCUCCCCACAGUGCUCCCUGGGCUGAAGGACAGUCCUUGCCUCCUCCCCACAGUGCUCCCUGGGCUGAGGGACAGUCCUUGCCUCCUUGCACUGAACCUGGAGGCUAGACCUGAAAGAGGUGGGCUGUGGGGUUGGCUGCACAGGGGAGAAACCUGUGAGACCUAGAGGGGCAGAUGAACUGGUGAUCAGAAGAACGAGGAUGAAGAAAAGGAAGAAAGGGACAGGGGAGAGGGGGGAAAGGAAUCAAGGAUGGGAAAGGUGAAAAGGGUUUGAGAAGAGGAAAGGGAGAAUAAUGGUCUCAGGUCCUGGACUGUCCUUGGGUUCAAAGUCAAACAUUAAUGUAAAUAUGUUGAUUUCUCCAUUACUGAUUCAGGUUUAGGGCCCAGAGAGGCCGGCUCAGCACUGCUCUGGAGGUCACUCGCUCAUGCAUGGUCUUUGUUGGUAUUAAAGGCCACUGUUUUACACGGAUGUUCCGCUGUUUUACAUCACAUGACUUGUAUUCUGUCAGACUGCUCUCCACUCAGAACCAGUUCUUGUCACUUGAAGAUGCUGCUUUACCUGCAUCUGCCUGGGUUCCCCUUCCUUGCCCCUGCCCCCUUUAACUGCAAGAAGAAGCCUGGCAGUGGUGGCUCAGCUUCAAUCCCAGCACUAGGGAGGCAGAGGUAGGUGGCUCUCUGUUAGUUCAAGGCCAGUCUUGUCUAUAGGGUGAUUUCCAGGACAGCCAAGGUUACACAGAGAAACCCUGUCUUGAAAACAAAACAAAAAAAGUAACCUGGCAAACCAAUUUCUUUUAACAAAAACAGUGUGCUACAGCCAGACUAGACAGUCACUUAGUUUUUGUUCUAAUGCAAGGGGUGACCUACUCUGCCUCAGCCCACCCGUGAGAGCUCAGCUUCACACUCUUCAAAAGAUUCCUCAAGUUGGGCAGUUGGUGGCGCACGCCUUUAAUCCCAGCACUC